GCCGAGCCCCGCGAGGACAAAGGGGCGCCGGAGCUCGGGGUGUCUCUGACCAUCGGGCUUUCCUCGGGAGCGCAGCCCCGCGACCCGGCCGGCCGGCCACGUGGAAGAGAGAAACAAUGGGGCGCGCGAGGGCGAGGGGGUGAGCGCGCGGCGGCCAGAGGACGAGCGAGACCGGAGCGGGAGCCCAGCGGGCGCGAGGACUCGCCUUCUGCCCCGGACACCCCCCCGCGCGGCCCGGGACCGCGCCGGCAGCCAGCGGUCGGCCGAGGGCGGGCUGGGCGGCCCUAUGGUGGCGCUCGGGGAACAUGCCCAGCUCCCUGUUCCACCCAGACAUCAUGGACACUGAGACGGGCGUCGGCAGCCCGCACGCCGGCAUCCUCCUGGGCGCCGACCCGGAGCCGGGGUCCCAGGACGGGGAGCCGCAGGAGAGCCUCCGCUUCGCCCUGGGCCAGCUGUCGCUCCUGGCGGGGGAGCGGCUGGACUGCGGCGGGGCAGGACGGGCUGAUGCCCUGGACCCCGCGCCGGCGGUGGAGCCCGUCCCGGGGGGUGUGGGGUUCGCCGGCCUGCAGAUCCUGGAGCCUCCGGGCUCCCCGCCCUCCUGCUCGCCCCCGACCGAGAUCUACUGCCCCGCCGGCUUCCACCUGGACGGGGGCUCCAUGCUGGGCGACCCGGGCGCCGCCGUGAUCGGGAGCCGCAAGCGCAGCGUCAACAUGACGGAGUGCGUGCCCGUGCCCAGCUCCGAGCAUGUGGCGGAGAUCGUGGGGCGACAAGGUAGGCUGAGCUUCCCGGCUGCCAGCGCCGCGACCGGGGGGCGGUGUGUCGGGGGGGAGCCGAAAGAGGCGAGAGCCGUCAUGGAGCGGCCCGGCGUGCCGCAGUCGGUGCCCACACUGAGCAGGGCGCUGGAGCGCGCAUUCCUCAGGGCAGCCCGGACGGGUGGCUCACACCGCCCCUGUCACCUGUUCUUCAGGCCCCGUGCGGUGACCCGGUCGCUGCUCUCGGCGCACUUGAAGUCCAUCGCCGGCGCCGCCCGGGACUGCUGCCUGUGCUUCGAGAGCCAGGUGACGGCCGCGCUGGUGCCCUGCGGCCACAACCUGUUCUGCAUGGACUGCGCCGGGCAGAUCUGCGAGUCUCCGGAGCCCGAGUGCCCGGUGUGCCACACCCCCGCCACGCAGUGCAUCCGGAUCUUCUCCUGACGGGACAGGAGCGGGCCGGAGAGCUCCCUAUAGCCAUGACAAUAAUACUGACUGCAGCUAUUCCAGUAAUAAUAAUAACAGUAAUAAUUACAGUGA